UCGCCUCCGUCACUGCACUUCCUCUUCCAUGCAGUUGCUUUCACUUCUGCACUAUCACUCUGUAUUUGCCUUAAAUCCUUCCAUCUGAGCUGGGGGCCUGAUCACUCUGUGUAAUCUAUGUUUUCAACUUGUCCUCCGGAAGUCUUUGUUUGACAGCUACACACCCACCCACCCAGCCAGCCAGCCAGCCAGCCAGCUCUUCUCCCUCCCUCUAUUUUCAUAGUGCAUCUUCUCUGUCAUUUGCAUUUGUUCUGCUUCCUCAACAAGAAACAGUUCACGUGGAAGAGCUGUAAGAGAUUUGGGAGGAAGACACUUGCCCGGAUGACAGAACAGAUUGAAACGUGCACCGAGGACGGGGCCGUUAAGUGGAGGAGGUUUUCUCCGCUGGACGAUUAUUGCUGAGUGAAAUGCAUAGUAGGAAAGGUAAUUAGAGACCUGGCAUUGGUACAUCACGACAGCAGCAGGGUUACCAUGGAGACUGGCAAGCCGGGAUUGGCGAAUGAUUCAGUGCACAUCAGCUCCGUAGCAGCGCAGACAGAGAAAAGGAUGGACUACCAGGCCCCACUGACGGCUGUUUACAUCCACACGGUGCCAGCUCUACCAGCACAGCCUUACCCUCUCCAGACUCCAGUGGCCGUCCGGGAGCCAGCCACACUCCAUCUGGCCAUGCCGGCGCUUUACUCCAAGGAAACUCUCCCCUUCUUGACAUUCCAUAUUGCUAGUGGAUUGCAGUCUCAGCCAGGACUGAGUCUGGCAGCUGCCAUUCCUGCAGUCAGACCCAAGUCUGCAGGAAAGCACGUGUGUCCUCACUGCGGACGGGACUGCAUGAAGCCCAGCGUGCUGGAGAAGCAUCUCCGCUGCCACACCGGGGAGCGGCCUUAUCCCUGCAUCACUUGUGGAGUUUCUUUCAAGACUCAGAGCAACCUCUACAAACAUAAGCGUACACAGGCUCAUGCCCGCCUCUCGUCUGAAUCAGAGCUGAGCAGCCUGGACAGCAUGUCCGGCUCCAGAGAGACCUGUACCUCCAGUUUGUCUCUGGAUGAGCGCAGUGAGGAUUCGAGCAGCCUGGACAAGGAAGCCACACCACCUCCAAAUGAGAUCACCUGUCCAGCCAGCACUGCAAAGGUCUUUUCUGUAAAGACACAAGGUUUUGUGAGUGAGCAGAAUGCGUUGACCCUUGCAGGUCAGAAGAUGGAAGCAAAGGUGAAGGAAGUAGUAAAACAGAGGAUGGAAAAUGAAAAACCAACAGCAACUGCCAGUCGACAUAUUCCUCUUCAGCGGCAAGAAGCCACUCUGCUCUCCAAGCAGUGGGAGAGCUCUGUAUCUGGAGGGAAAUCGCAGAGCCAUGAGAGCACAGACUCGGGCUUCAGUGAGAGCAGUGAUCACUACCUGAGCCGCGGCAGCCUUUUACCUGACCACAGUACGGAUUCCCUCAACGAAUCUACCAUGGAGCAUCUUGAAGAAACCGGCAGUGCACAAACGACUUCUGGACCAGGCCAAGGUGGACAGGAACCUAGAGGCACUGCGAGGGAGCAGGAGCAGAAGAAUCUGGAGGAACGCAUAACUAAGCUGAUUUCGGAGAAUACAGCUGUUGUGGAGGACAAACAGCUAGAGCACGUCAGGCCGCGGAAGACAGUUCUGUCAAAGCAGGGUAGCAUUGACCUCCCCCUGCCGUACACGUACAAGGACUCCUUUCACUUUGAUAUGAGGAUCAGUAAGGCUCCAAAUGUUGGGUUACAAAGAAGCAGGAACCUCAACUUCUACAGUUCUGUGCCCACUCAGCAAUCCAACACCAUGGAGCACGCCCCCCUAACCCGCAGCAACUCCCUUCCUUUCAGCGUUACCCUCCUGCAGCAAGAGAGGAGCAGCCCAACCUCUUCCUUUCAGAGCGAUUAUGUAACACUUGGCCGGAGAGGAAGCUCUGGCCAGAUCAAUCCAACAGGUUUUGCAAUGAAGCAUUCAUCCGCCCACCGGCCAUUGGUCCGACAAACAGCCGUAGACGGCAACCACGCAACAGACGGUCUCUUUGCAAAUACAUCUGUGGAGGAGGCGUGCGCCAGCAGCCUCAGCUGCGAUGGGGAUGGUAGUGACAUUUGUCGAGAGCCAAGCAACAGAAAGUUCCGAAGGAAGAAAGCACAAAAGUUUGCCUUCAACAAGUGGUACAUGUACGGGGGAGGGACAUUUAAGAAGCUGUACAACGCUGAGAAGGGCGGCGAUGACGGUGUCAGCAAAGGCAGAAAAUGUCCAGCAAACCCAGAGCACGAGGUUGUUCAGGGCCUGUCGAAAAGGUCGUCAGCAGCAACAACAAUGAACUUCACAAGCAGCAGUGCAACAGCGUGCCAAGCAGGCUGCACUCCUGCCAGACUAUCCCUUGUCUCUACCGUGGAUUUGAAUGUCAAAACUGGCCAUAUUCAUACAUCAUGCAGCUCUCUCAAGACUCCACUUCGGAGAAACCAAAUAGGCAGCAUGAGCAGAGCAGAAGCAGGGAGAACGCUUGAUGGAGAAAAGUAUAUUGACUCCACGUUGCAGCUGUUUGAAGCUCAUGUUACCUCAGACAGGAAAAAACAGAAAACUGAUGACAAAAUAAUUUUCACUCUCGGGAUGGAAACCGACCCAAACACACCGACUCAUCCCCGACCCUCUGUCACUGGCAGUGUGCCUCAGCAGGAUACAAAUCUCGGUUAUAUCAACCUACAGAAAAAUCUGAAACAUACUCAGCUCACAGCAACUCUCUUCCCAACGUGCAUAAUCAAUGCAAAUACAGCAUCCAUCAGCUGCUCACCAGCCACAUCCACACCCUCCCCUGCCAAGGCCAGCUUCCUGCCCAAGUACCAGCUCAAGUUACCGAAUUCCGCUGAACCUGAUUCAAGUACUUCGCCGCAUGUUGUGGAUAAACCGGCAGAAACUGGUGGCCACACUAUCACCUCUGCUCUGUCAUCUUCUCGCACAGAGAUAACCUCACUUGUAGUCAAAACUUCCGAAAAGAAAUGCGAUGGUCCUGUCACCCCAGCAAAUGCUUUCAGUUCCAGACAAGACCAGCUCCCCACGCCUUGCACAGUCACGACCCUUUGUCGGGCUGAAACGGCAAAACUGAAUCCAAACGCAACUUCUUGUUGUGCAAUCAUGCAGAGGCAAUUUUCAGCAACCACAAUAACCACAACCUGCCUGCAAAAUGAUCAAGCAGGAUUAUGGAGCAAUUCAAUACACGCCACCCCAUUUGCAGCUGGCUCAGCGCCUCUGCAGUUACCCAGACCCACGGUUUCGUACUUCCCUGCCCCUGCUACACCUACCAUAACCACAGCAAACAGUAUGUCAGCUGCUGCUGUCACUACAACGUUUGCACAAGGUCAACCUAACCCUCUGUCACUCACACAACUCUCGCCAGCAUCAGACCCUUUAAACAGCGCAUAUGCCACCCCAGUUGUACCUUGUCACAUUGUACCGUUUGAUCAGAUGCAGCCAGAUGCCCAGAACGUGUUCCACGUUCACACGGCGGACCUCCAGAUCUGCUUUCAGAUCAUAUCUGAUGAGCAGCUGGCUCUCAUUGAACCCCAGAUCGAGAGGCAAGCAGGUAGCGUCGUCUCGCAGAGGCGUGACGUGGAAGUGAUCCGGAACACAGCUCAAAACUCUGUCGCAAUGGAAAGUAGUCAUGAUGGAAGGAGCCAUCAACAACCAGGACAUCAACAGGGGUUGGACCAAAGGGAGUCUUCAGUCACACUUGACACAAUGAGAAUAAAACCUCCGCUGUCUGCACAAUUUCGGACGGCAGAGCAAAAUCUCCACCUGACUGAACUCAGGGAUUCCACUCAGGUUACAGUAUCAGUUGAAUCUACUGGCUCUGAAGCGCUAGGCUCGCUGCUACACCCACACAAACACAGUCAUGUAAACACGGUCACUGUGACUCAGAGCUGUAUGGGCGAUGUGAAGUCUACUGCUGCUUUGAUCGAAGGUGUAGAGUCCGGAAGGAGCCAAACUUCUGAGCAGGAGCAGACCCUUUCUCUGAACCAUUGUGUGGAGGAGCAACGUUCGCCAAGGGUCAACCAAGGCGGAGUGAUCUCACAAACUCUCUCUGGCCAACACAAACUCAGCGAGACCCCUCUCUCUUCCAGCACAGUAAAUCAGAAUACUAGCGAAAGACUGAGCAAAGAAAGCAAACUUAAAAAUCAAGCAGCUCCAUGUAGUGUAGGCACAAUGAGCGCCAUGGACGAAGCCUCUGCAUGCAGCAGCAGCAGGUCAGAAGGUGGGGAAACCAACCCCCCCCUGCAGGUUGGGCUUGAUCAGGCCUCCGGUGCUGCGUAUGCCGAUGCACCUCCUGGGUCAGUGUCUUCAUUUCCCAUAAAUAAAUGCAAUUCUUCCAGACAGAUGAACGCAUUCAUCUGCUGCAGUAAUCGGUUGGAAGCAUUAUCAGAGACUCCAGAUUCAUCUAAAGAUGUAAACAUGGGAUGUGACAGGGCGAGACCUUCACAUGAUUCUGCCCCUACACGGGAAGGGAGUCAGGAUGUAAUCAGCUCAACCCCUUCAGAAAAACAACUGGCUCAGUUUAUGUCAGUGUCUUCUAACAUCCAGGUAGAAAGACCCAAAGACACCCCAGCUGUGCCUACACAUAUUCAGAGCCCAACUGCAGGAAUUACGGAGGGAUGUGUUGCCCAGAAGGAGCCCCAGACACUGGGAUGUAGAGGGACCCCAGGGCGGCCAGACGUCACAGACGGGAGGCCAAAGCAGAGCCAAGAGGCCGGGAGGGCAAACCCGCAACACGUGGAGGGGAAGGAUGAGAACGGAGGAGUUGAGGCCAACUGGGUGUCAGGAUGGCGGGACCAGGCCGAGUCCACCUGCACAUACACAUGUUUACCAGAGAUGCCAGAGGAAGAAGACACAGCGGUCAAGGUGGAUCUCUUCAAACAUUCUUGGCUAUCUAAGCAUCAUCUUCAGCAUCUUUCUCAGACGCACUCAGGAAUGUCUGAAUACCCUCCACGAACUCCGAGCAAUCUUAAUUCACUUGCCAGCGGCGGUCAGACUGACCUUUUCCAUUCUCCACAGCUCCCGUUGGAUAUGAACAACUUCUGUUUCUCGGAACAACACUGGGAAAGCAGCAGCAUCCAUAACCAACAGGUCUCAUGUGAAUCUAGUUUGAUUCAGCGUAUCAACGCUCGGGCCCAAUUAGCGGACACGCAAAAUGCUUUCUCACAAAGUAAGUCCGGCCUUCUGAAAAAUCAAGCAUUUCCACACCGGGACAGAACGCAGAGCAGCAUCACUCCUGUUCAGCAAAGACAUACAGAUGCUAAGUUGACAAUAGGCAGUCACAGAAGCCCAAGUGUCUCGCCUGAUUCUCAUUCUGUUCAAGUCAGUAGAGCUGCUGCUGGAUCGACUGGAUUGAACAAGAAUGUGCUGGAUAAUAAUGCUGCGCCUCCAUCAGAGCCUUUUACAUUCCGAGAACCUUAUGAUUAUAACGACACCAAGGACGGAGCACCAAAUGAAGACAACAAGUACCAGUCUUUUUUCUUGUCCGGCCAGCUCAAUGGCUUCCAGCCGGCCGAGUGUCUGACUAGUGGAGUGAGGCCCGUGCAAAGCUGCCAGGACCACACAGAAGACACCAGCAGCGACGAUGAAGGGAAGCUCAUCAUCGAGCUUUAGCUGAACAAACACACACUGCUAUUUGGAGUUUUAUAGCUGCUGCACAUUUAAAACAUCAACGGUUGAGCAAAGCUGAGAAACACAUGUGUACACGCAAAACAUGUCAAAAUAUGAAUAAAAAAGUGUACUGUCAA